AUGUCGAAAUCAGUACACUCAAUUGCGAAGAAAGAAGGCCUGGGCACUGGUGUUGAGGGUGACUUUCCUCUUGAUGAUGCUGUGGUCCAAGCUCUACCGGAGGGCAGCAAAGUUCUGUCUGCGCACAGCUAUGGCUCCUCCGCGUGGACUGUUACAGCCCGUCUGAACGUUUUGCUUCCUAGCGGAGUUGAGAAGUUCUUCCUCAAGAUUGCGACCGAAGAGCCUGGUCGCGUGAUGAUGGAGGGAGAGUUCAAUUCCAUGAGCUCUCUCUACCAGACUUCGCCAGGAUUUAUUCCCAAGCCUCUGACUUGGGAUAAAUUCAAAAUGAAGGCGCCAGAGACGUACUUCUUCCUAUGCGACUUCAUCAACAUGACCAAUGACAUGCCGGACCCCGUCCAGUUCUGCGCCAAGCUUGCGGAACUCCACAGGACAAGUGAAUCUCCGACUGGGAUGUUUGGUUUCCAUGUCUCUACUUGUCAUGGCAGGUUCGUCCAGGAAAUGGCUUGGGACCCGAGUUGGACGAACUUCUUCACAAAGCUGCUUCGAGCUGCUCUCGUCAUCGAAAAGCAAGAGUGUAGCCCAUGGCCGGAAUUUGAGGCAGUUUCAGAGCGUACACUUAGCCAUGUGAUCCCAAGGCUUUUGGGCGCGCUCGAAGAAGAUGGCCGUCAGAUCAAACCAUCGCUCAUCCAUGGAGACCUAUGGGAAGGUAACGUCGGAACAGAUCUUUCGACCGGAAACGUCUAUAUCUUCGAUGCUGGCGCAUAUUACGCUCACCAUGAAAUGGAUAUUGGUAUGUGGCGAUGCGAAAGGCAUAAGAUCAAAUCGCGAAAAUACAAGCGACAGUACCUCCGGAACAUGACUGUGAGUGAGCCGGCAGAGGAAUUCGAAGACCGCAAUCGUUUGUACUGUAUCAAGAUGAACAUCAUCCAUUCAGCGCACCAUCCUGGAUCUAUCGUUAGAGAAACGGCCUACAACGACAUGUGCUACCUAGUCGAUAAGUACGCACCAUACCCGACAGGAGAAGAACCUCCACGAAGUAGAGUGCCGGGCGAAGUACCUGCAACCGUAUGGCAAGGAGGAGAAAGCUAUGUCAGGCAAGCAGAUAAUUAG